AUGGCGGAUGUGACGGAGCUCAGAUGCUGGCCGUCAUGUCUUGAUGCGAUUGAUUGGUCUCAAGAUGGGAUCAUCGCGCUAGCCUCUGAUGAGCGCGUCGAGCUGUUGUUUCCACACACUGUAAACUUCGAAAGAGAUUCAGAUGUUCCGCAAUGGCAACAUGUGGCACUCAAAGUUCCUUUGUUCUCGACAGAUGAACUCCCGCUCAAGGAGCCUGCACCUUUGCAAAUUUACUCUGUAGGCGAAGAAAUCUCAAACAGUGUGCCUAUAUCCGUGGCCUGGUCCUCACUAGGACUCGCAAAACAUCGAAGAUGCGCUCUCGCCGUCUUGACUUCCAAUCUAGCUUUGUCCAUUUGGAGUGCUGAAGGCAAGCCCCAGGACGAAGCGAGCUGGAACAGGAGACUGAUAGUCAAUGAUGCUCUGAGAGAUUACCAGUUGAGACAUGCCAAUGAGGAAUCUCAAGAUGCUCUCCCUCUGCAUGAGGAUAUCGUGCGUUUGCGCAGUCGGAUUCGCGCAUUCGCCUGGGCGCCUCCAUUGCCCAGUGUGGACGGUGCUUGUGUUGUCGGUACAUAUUCGUCCUACGGUCUACAUAUCAUGGCUGUGGCCAAUGAUGACAACCAAGUGGCUUUCAUUGUGAUUCAUUCACCAACAUCAACGCUUAGUCCAAGCAAUGGCUGGAACACAGAGGUAGUAACGCAAAUUUCAGUGACACCAGCUCCUGAAGGAUCGUUCACUUACCCAACUGUAUUCGAAGAAAUGAUGGAGCAGCAACGACACAUAGCUCAUCUUGCAUGGAGUCCGUGGAUUAUCAAAGGUGACCACUACCAUUCAGUUGUCGCAUACUCUACGAACCAUGAUGUGCGAGCAAGGAUAGUUACGAAUACACGCGGCAGCAUUGAACUAGGUGACGAAGUAGUGUACCCGAACAUCGAAGUACGAUUCAGUGGACCAAUGAAGUGGUCUCCAAAGAUUGGGGACGGAAAUGAACUCACGCUUGCAUUAUUCACUAGUAUAGGCGUCCAAUGUCUUACAAUCUCAGCACAUGAUGCAUCCAUCAUCAAAAGAUUUACUCAUGACCUUGAUGGACGCUGGGAUCAGAUGACAGGAGUGGUCUGGGACAUGGCUCAUCAGCCUGUACCCAAACUCCACAUGAGCUCGCUAACAUCAACGGUCAAAACUCAUACUGUUGAGCUCGAAGUUACGUCCAGUGGACUAGUACAGUCUGGGGUCCCCAUGUGGAGGGAUCAGAUUGAAAACCAUCUGGCGCAGUUCAGCGUCAAACAUGGUCUAAAGGGCAAUUGCCUCGCCAGAAUUUGGGGCUUGACGUUAUCACCUCUGGGAGACUUCUUUGCAACCUCUUACACUUUACAUCCUUCUGAUAUGAUCGAGUACGGACCACCUGGAGAUCGACGCGGAAUCGUAGCCAUCAGUACCUCGAGAAAGUAUAGUCAGCUUCGCCAGGCAUUUCCGUCAUGGAACGUCAGUGCUGAGGGGGUCUUACUUACUAUGAAAAAGCUGGCCCAGAAUGCAGUCGAAGAAGAUGAUCCAAUGUCUGCAUUCGCUGAAGAGAUGGUUGAAAAGCUGCUUCAGGUGUAUGCUAGUCCGCAAGAAGCAGGCAGUGGUAAUGAAUACCUGGCCACGUUAUGUCCAAGCAACCUGGAUAAGCUCGUCGAAGCAUUCAAGAAAGUCGCCUUUUUAAAUCGUCAUAGCCUCAGAGACCGCUACACAAUACUCGUUGAUCAGGCAUGCAAUACCGCGCCAUCCCAAGACCUCCCCAAAACACUCAUCGCUUAUCGGCUCGCCACUGCCUUGCAACAUCUUCCAUCCUCACUUUCAAAAUCCGCCUUCAGCGCAGAGAUACGAGCUCAUCACCAGCAAUUCGUGUCUCUAAUCGAUAGCAUAACCGCCGACGCCACCAUGGAGACGGAGACCACAAUACCCAUCUCCUCAACAGAUGUGUGUGACUUCUGCUCCGCACCCAUACCCUUGAAUGACCUCACUUGGGCUGCCUGCACAAACGGCCAUUCAUUCCCCCGCUGUGGUCUCAGCUUCCUUGCCAUACAGGCACCAGGCAUCACAAAGUACUGUGGUAUUUGCAGCACACCAUUUUUAAACGAGCCUUUUGUCGAAGCGCAGGAAGUCAUGGACCCGGGAAAAUCUGACAAGCCAAACGAUCAUGUCAUUGCGAAGAAUGGAACUCAUGUAAGACCUGACCCGGCUUCAGAUGGAAGUAAUGUGAUACGUGUAGCUGUGGCCGACGGGUCGACCCAGCAGGAGGGUGGUGGUUCAGAUGGCUUCGGGGCAAGGGACAGGAUGGAAAGAAAUGUGGCUACAACAGAGGAUGAACACGGUCUACUCAUUACGUUGGCGAGAGUCUUGUUCCUUGCUUGCGAUGCUUGUAUCUACUGUGGUGGCAAGUUCGUGGGCUAA